UCCAGAAAUACAAUUGCUCUAAUUUCUCUCUUCUAUCCCCUACUCCCUUCUCUUCAACCUCAAUUCUCUCCCAUUUCUUUUGAUCAUUGAAUAAAAAUGGUUGCGAAUGUUACAGGAAACAUUCCAAUUUGCCCAACGAUGCUAGCUGCACAAUGGGUCUCUCCCAAAUCCCGUUUUAUUGCCCUAAAUACAUUACCACCAUCAAUAUCCCCAAAAAGGCACCCACUUACUGUAAAAGCUGCGUCUCAAGAUACCGAAAACACCCAACAACCCUCAUCGUCGUCGUCUUUAGAAAGCAAUAAGAAGAACCCACUUGCCGUUGCUCUCGAUGUUCCUCAGACUCUCUGGAAACAAACGUUGCGCCCACUCAGCGAUUUUGGGUUCGGUAGGAGGAGCAUUUGGGAAGGCGGGGUUGGAUUGUUUUUGGUUUCUGGCACUGCGUUACUUGCACUUAGUUUGGUCUGGUUACGAGCUUUUCAAUUGAAGUCUAGGUUCAGAAAAUAUGUUGCCGUCUUUGAAUUUUCUCAGGCUUGUGGGAUUUCCACUGGAACCCAAGUGCGGAUCAGAGGAGUCACUGUUGGUAACGUUAUUCGUGUUAAUCCUUCUUUGAGAAGUAUUGAAGCUGUUGUAGAGGUUGAAGAUGAUAAAACGAUUAUACCCAGAAAUUCAUUGAUUGAGGUGAAUCAAUCUGGUCUUUUAAUGGAAACCAUGAUCGAUAUUACACCUCGAGAUCCAAUUCCAACACCUUCAGUUGGGCCUUUGGAUCCAGAUUGUGUGAAAGAAGGUGUGAUUUUGUGUGAUAGAGAAAAGCUGAGAGGAUAUCAAGGUGUAAGCUUGGAUGCAUUAGUUGGGAUUUUUACUCGCCUUGGAAGGGAAGUAGAACAAAUUGGAGUUGCUAACACUUAUGCAUUGGCUGAACGAGCUUCAUCUGUUAUCGAAGAAGCAAGACCAUUGCUUUUGAAGAUCCAGGCCAUGGCCGAGGAUGUUCAACCGUUGCUGGCUGAGGUUCGUGAUAGUGGUUUGCUGCAGGAAGUUGAAAGUUUAACCAAAAGUCUGACUCAAGCAUCAGAGGAUUUGAGAAGGGUACAUUCGUCAAUUAUGACGCCCGAAAACACCGAGUUGAUUCAGAAGUCAAUAUACACCCUUGUAUUCACUUUGAAGAAUAUUGAGAGUAUAAGUUCCGAUAUUUUGGGAUUUACGGGCGAUGAAGCUACGAGAAAGAAUUUGAAGUUGGUGAUCAAGUCACUCAGCAGGCUUUUGUGAAGAUUUGAUACAAGAACAACAACAAUUGCUGAGUUUCUGAUUGUGAAAAUGUCUAUAGAUCUUCCUGUUGUGAUUGGGUUUUUUAGUAUGCCUAUUAUUGUGUGAUACUACACAUUUUGUUAGUUGAGUCGAGUUCGGGUUUUCAAGUAGGAUUGAAUCUCUGAAAUGGUACCUGCUACUUUGUAUUACAUGAUUUUUAAAUAGGACGUUUUUAUUUUAAAAAAA